AUGGCAUUUUUUGACACCGAGUCUUCUGCAGGACUUGAGAAUGAGAAUUAUGAUUUUGUGAUUGUCGGAGGGGGAACUGCUGGCCUUGUCAUAGCCAACCGACUCACUGAGAACCCAAAUGUCCGGGUGCUCGUCCUGGAAGCGGGAACAAACCGUCUCACUGACCCUCGUAUCAACGUCCCGGGUUUGGGACCGGCGACGUUUGAAGACGAGGACUUCGAUUGGAACUUCCGAUCAUCUUCGCAGGAACAACUCAAUGGGCGCAAACUAUUGGCCACUAAAGGUCGCACCUUGGGAGGCUCCUCGGCUAUUAAUUUAGGAAUGAUUAUCUAUCCCUCUCGUUCCGGUAUGAAUGCCUGGGAAAAGUUGGGCAACCCCGGUUGGGGCUGGGACGGAUUUUCUCCGUAUGUCCGCAAGUUUCACACGGCUGCACCUCCUUCGAGUGACAACCGCGAAUUCUUCAAGGGAAUGAAAUAUGACCAGCAAGAUCAGGGAAGUACUGGUCCCGUCCAAGUGUCUUUUGGGGAUCAGUAUAUGCCGUAUCAUGCGGCGUGGAUGGAUACCUUUAAGACACUUGGAUAUCCGCAGGAUGAAGAUCCUAUUAACGGGGCCUGUACUGGUCCCUUCUUGGGCCCUGGUGCUGUGGAUCCGGCUACUCAUACCAGAAGCCAUUCCGCGGCUGCGUAUCUGGGACCGCAAAUCCAAGCUAGGUCGAACCUUCGGGUUGUUACUGGGGCUUUGGUGGAAAAGAUUAUCAUGGAGAAGAAGGAAAGUGAGAAGGAAGUUGCUGCCACUGGUGUUCAAUUCACCAAGGGUUCGAUUGUGUAUACGGUUUUGGUUGCGAAGGAGGUCAUCCUUGCGGCCGGAACAACACAAUCCUCUCAGAUCCUGGAGCUGUCAGGAAUUGGAGAUGAGACCCUCCUUCAGUCCCACGGCAUUCCAACUAUUAUCAAUAACCCCGGUGUUGGAGAGAACUUACAGGACCACGGCAUGAUCUCGCUUGGAUAUGAAGUCGCAGAUGGUAUGCCAUCAGGCGAUAUGGCCAGGGACCCAGCAGUAGCCGCUGCCGCAAUGGCCGCCUAUCAGAAGGAUGGCUCAGGGCCUCUCGGCAUGGUCCCCUUGAUCUCAGCAUUUAUGCCGCUGGUGGACACACCUGAAGAUGAGCGAAAUCACUUACUCCAGCAGCUGCAAGAAUCAUUGGACAGCCCUAGCCUCUCCCGGACACACAAGAAGCAAUACGAGGCAUUGCACAGUCUGCUCCAAAACCCUGAUGAGCCCACCGCUCAAUACGUUCUAGCGCCAUUCCAACUUCUACCGCGAGAAGGAGAACCGAAACGUAUCUUCGGCCUCGGACAUCCAGGUUUCUUUAUUAGCCUUGUUUCUAUGCUCAGCUAUCCUUUCUCACGGGGAUCCGUUCACAUCCAGUCUUCUGACCCCAAAGCUGCCCCUGUCAUUGAUCAUGGAAUUCUUCGUCACCCCGUUGAUCUGGAGCUACAUGCGCGUCAUAAUAUGUACAUGGACAAAAUUGCCGAGACGGAGCCACUGGCAUCGCUAUUGAAGAAGGGUGGCGAGCGUCUUCAUACACCGGAGCGUCUGACGGACUUGGAGAAGGUGCAAGAGCUCUGUAAGGAGCUCGUCUUGUCUAUGUACCAUGUUAGUGGAUCUUGUGCGAUGAUGCCACGGGAAGAUGGGGGAGUUGUGGAUUCUCACUUGAGGGUGUAUGGUUCGGCCAAUAUUCGUGUCGUUGAUGCUAGUAUCUUUCCCUUGGUGCCGAGGGGAAAUAUUCAGGCGACCGUGUUUGCAGUUGCUGAAAAGGCGGCGGAUCUCAUUAAGCAGGACGUAAAUUAG